GCUACAAACACUGUAUGGCAAAGAGGGAUGGCAUAUAAACCCAUGGAUGUCCAGCUAAACACAGAGUUACUAUCCUCGAAGAUCCUUAAAAAGGCACAGCAUUCGCAAAGACCGUUUCAGUACAAUUUUAUUUGCAAACUCGUCAAGAUCAAAGGAAUAUUUUCAGCUAGCCUAUUUAUCUUCAGCAAUCGUGAAUAUGAGCGACUUUAGCAUUGAUUAUAUACUGCAUCGUGCGGGCGAAAGAUAUAUUGGCACAAAUGCUUCGAUUGGCAUUGUGGAGCGCAUUAAAUUGGAGGAACAGCACCGGCGCCAACGCGAAGCUUACGAAACUUAUCAAGCCGGCGUAGCCGUUGAGUUGGCUAAUAUGGCCGCUGGUGUUGUGGACGCAACGAUGAGCGCAUUCAAUCAUGAGAGUGUGGCGCAAAUGCCCAUGUUCGAUUGGUUACAGUAUACGCGCUAUCAUCCGCCGCGUUUGCCACGCACAUUACGUCAACCAAUCGCCAAACGCACGCCCGGACGUCUGCCACGCAUCCCUUUCACACCCGCCCAACUGGAAGCACUGGAAAGUGCCUAUCGCACAGCCAACUACUUGAGCGCGGAAGAAGCUAAUCAGCUGGCCGAGACGUUAGAGUUGACUAAUACUCGUGUUAAAAUUUGGUUUCAAAAUCGACGCGCACGUGAGCGACGCGAAAAACGCGAGCGAGAUGAGAGUUAUGAGUCCACUAUCUCAUCAAAUGCUUCGAGUCCCGAACCGCAAAGUGAUAUUGUGCUAUAA